GCUUUUCGUGCCCUUGGUUGCUGCGGCGCUGGCGCACGAAGUGGUUGAUGAUUGUACGGACGCCUUCUACCCGCCUGACACGCAGCCACUCGGGAAUGUUACCGUGCAUAACGGCGUAGCUUUGAAGGAUGUCUGCAUUACGCACGCGGCUCCUUACCACGUCUUUGUCAUCGGAGACUGGGGCGGCACGGGCGAUCCACCAUCGCCAGCAGAGAACAGACAGUUGCACGAGGGUGACACUGAUGUUCAGCAGCGGGUGGCAGAUCAGAUGAACCAGCUUGCGCUGAACAAUGCCACCCUCGACUAUGUCCUCAACGUCGGCGACAGCUUCUACUGGGGCGGCAUCGAGCGAAGCUGCUUGGAGACCCUGGACUGGUCUCCGCAGUGGUCUAGCGUUUUCAACAACGUGUACAAUCUUGGGGGCAAGCCAUGGCUCGGCGUCUUGGGGAACCACGACUACGGCGGCUGGCGCUACUCCUCGGGCUGGGGCCAGAUCAUCGCCAUGACGUGGGUGGACUCGCGGUGGCGGAUCCCCGCGCAGUACUGGAGCUCCCGGGUGCGCUACCCCGACUUCUCGGUGGACUACUACUUCGUGGACUCCAACCACUUCAGCUGCAGCUCCCCGGAGUCGAACCCGAAGCACAACAUGUGCUCCUCGGAGCACAACGGUGCCGGCGACGACUGCGCGGAGAUGGGCGGCCCGGAUUCUUCGGACAGCUGCCCGUCCUACUUCGGCGACCUGUGGCACCAGCAGGAGGCCUGGCUCUCCGAGCAGCUCGCCCUCUCCACGGCGACCUGGCGCAUCGUCGUCACGCACAUCCCUCCCCAGCACGGCCCGUGGAAGGACAUCGCGGAGAAGUUCGGGAUCGACCUGGUCGUCUGCGGGCACGUUCACUACCAGAGGCUCUACAGGCAGAGUGACGCCGGGAACCCGAUUGCCCCGACGGGGCUGAUCGUCUCGGGAGGCGGCGGCGGCAUCACCGCCGAGAACAUACCCGACGUCGAGGGGCACGAUGACCAGUAUGGGUUUGUGGAUUUAGAGCUGUCGAAGGACAGGAUCGGCGUGAGGAUGCUGUCUCACGGAGGUCAGCUGAGAGGGGAGACCGACAUCGAGCACUGCUACGAAGGGAGUGCGGGACACAUGAAGGCCAUUUGCAAGGUAGACCGAAGCCACCAUGCCGACGACGGCGGCGAUUCCACCACGACGGAGUCGGCGUCCGUCACGACCCACACAUCGACGUCAACGACGACCACAGAAGAACCGAACCUAUUCAAGUCUACGUUCGAUCGCAUAAAGGCGUUGGUGGGCCUGUCUGAGCUUGUCCACACUCCCUUGCUUGAGGAUGGAGAGGCUCACCUGGGCGCCUUCGGUGUCUGCCUGUUCGUCUCCGCAGCGGCCCUUGGCUUGGUGGUGGUCUCCAUGUUAGGCUGGGCCAGGAGAAGGCCUCGCCGGCAUGGCUACCCCUACGCUCCCUUCGGUCUGGGUCACAGCCUGGCGGACGCAGCCUCCGCGAGUCAGUGCCCGGAGCGAUCUGACCCACGAUGGCACUAA